CGGAUUCAGUCGUUGCACGAGAGAGCAAGCGUCGACUUGCAUUCCUUUGGCUCGGGCGCGCGUUUUGUGUACAAAGUGUUUAAACACAAAUUUGUUUGUAAAUCAAGCAGCGAGUGUGUGCGUGUGUGUGCAAAUACAAAAACAAAAUAUACAAAAUAAAGUAAAGGCCGUUCUCGCUGUCUCGGGGGCGGCAAGUAGCAAGAGUUCAAAUCACAAACCGCCGUUGCACUUUGUUACCGCUCUCAAAGUUGCCUUUUCGGUUGUCGGUGUUUUAAUCGUUGUUGUUUUUCGGUGGAGUAAGUGGAGGCGUCGCGCGCGUCCCUCGGAGGUGCCAACAGCAAGAGCGAAUGUGUUUCAAUGAUGUUACUGCCUUCGGGGCGUUCGAACAGUGAUGUGUAUCCAUUGCAAAAUGUCAACACAACAACGGCCAGUGUGGGCGGGGCCAAACCUCUGCUACUGACAAGAACAUCAUCGCCCCAGCUGACGACGUUGCCGAUGCUAAAUGGCGGCGCCAACGCCAACGCCUACGCAACGCACCGCUCCAACUCUUCGGCCGCCUUCACUGUCACAGUAGCACAAGAAACGGCCGGAAGUCUGUCGGGUACCGGAACACAGGCGACAACAACAACGUCAACGUCGUCACCGACAGCAGCAACAACAACAACGACGACAACGGCAACCGGAACAACAACAACAACAUCAGCAGCAGCAGCAGCAGCAGCAGCAGCAACAACAACAACAGCAACAACAACCACAACUGCAACUGCGAACUGUGCUGUCAACUCAGGAUUUGGGGUUGGCAGCCUUUAUGCCCCAAUUCUGGGAACGAGUCAUGCGAGCAGCGUGCCCAUCGGAAAUUGGGGCGAAAUUGAUCGAAACUUGAACGCUGUGCAGGAGAAACUCAAGGCUGGCUGGACAGUCCAUGUGGGCAAGGAUGGCAGGCUCUAUUACUGCAACCAUUUGACGCAAUCAUCUGGUUGGCUGCCCGCCUGCGAGGAUUGGAGCAAGCAUGAGGAGCUCUCCUAUGGUUGGGAGCGAGCCAUAGAUUCCAAGGGGCGUUCCUACUAUAUCAAUCAUCUGAACAAGACGACCACUUACGAGGCGCCCGAGUGCAUACGUUGGGAUGAGCAUCCGCCGGAGCCGCGCCUUGUGCAGCUGCAGCGUAGCGCCAGCCUUGGCUUUGGCUUUGUUGCUGGCAGUGAGCGGCCGGUGAUUGUCCGCUUUGUUACCGAGGGCGGACCCAGCAUUGGCAAGCUGCAGCCAGGCGAUCAGAUACUGGCGGUCAAUGGUGAGGAUGUCAAGGAUGCCCCACGCGACCAUGUCAUACAAUUGGUGCGCGCCUGUGAGACUCAGGUCUCACUGCUCGUCUGCCAGCCCAUGGCCCACUGUGUGCUGCCCGGUCGCAAGUCCACGCUGCUAUCAGCCGGCAAGCGGGCCAAGCUGCGCACGCGUCCCAGUCGUGUGCGUUUCGCGGAGAGCGUGUGCGUCAAUGGAGCGCCACUGUUUCCGCCGUCAGCUUUCUCGCUGGGCGACAUUUGUGUGCCGCCCAUGGCGAAUGUGCUCAAGGUGUUUCUGGAGAACGGCCAGACCAAGUCAUUCAAGUAUGAUGCCACCACAACUGUGCAGGACGUGGUCAGCUCGCUGCUGGACAAGCUCUGCCUGUGCUGCGGCGAACUCUUCAGCCUGGUGCUGGAGCAUGUCAAGAGUCUAAAGCGCAACAAGCUCACACUACUCGAUCCGCAGGAGUCGCUGGCACGCAUUGCUGCCCGGCCGGGCGCUCACAAGCUACGCUGCCUGUUUCGCAUAACUUUUGUGCCCAUUUCGGCCGCAGAGCUGGCACAGAGAGAUCUACAGGCGCUGGACUAUCUGUACAUGCAGUGCUGCAACGAUGUCAACCAGGAGCGCUUUGCACCAGAGCUUCAGCCGGAGCUGGCACUACGUCUGGCCGCCCUACACAUGCAUCAGCAUGCGCUGGCCAAUAACUUUGCGCCCGCCAAGUUAACCGUCAAACUGGUUGAGCGUGAGUUCGGCCUAGAACGCUUUGUGCCCGUCAGUCUGUUCGAGGGCAUGAAACGCAAGGAGCUGCGCCGGCUCAUUUCUCACUUCUUGAAGCUCAAUGCCGAGAUGACGGGCUCCUCCAGCAAGGUUCUAACCCAGCUGCAGGCGAAACUCCAUUAUCUAGAUAUAAUCGCUAGUUUACCAAGCUAUGGCGCCAAAUGUUUCAGCACAAACCAAAGAGAGGGCAUGGAACGCGUUCUGCUCGUGAGUCCACGCUUCGGCCUAAGUCAAAUAUCCAGUGCCAGGAAUUCGGUGCCACAGCCCAUAUCGGCCAUAGAGGACUUUACGCAUGUGGUGGUGCAUCGCGAGGACGAUAUCACCUGCAGCGUAUCCAUUUAUAUGCUGGGCGAUCGCGCUGUCAAGUUUAUUAUGGAGGAUCGCGAUGCCUGUGAAUUUAGUCUGGUGCUGGGCGGCUACUAUCGCCUGCUCACAGGAAACAUUUUGAAUGUGCUGCGCGAGCGUGAACCGCAUGAGGAGGACAAUGCGCCCGCCUUCUUGUCACAGCACACCGUGCUGCCCGCUAGCUGGAGCUAUCUGUUGCCCUUCCAUAACCGUGCGCAUAGCGUCAACUUUCUGAUAACGCCGCCAUAUCAUCCCAUGCCGCAUCAGGCGGUGCUGUCACAGCAACAGCCCGCACAGCAGUUGUCCUCCCAGCCGCAGGCGCUGCCCUAUGCAACGGACUUGGAUCUGCAUAGUGUAAUGGCCACCGAGCUGCUGGAGGAGGCGGCCAAGGACUCGGGCCUGAGCGACAGCAGCGGCAGCAACUAUUGCAGCGAGGGACGCAGUCUGCUUGCCGUCGAGGCCAAGAACGAGCAGGUACUGCGGCGCGUGCAGGAGCUACAGCAGCUCGUCCAAUGCUCCGAGCAGUAUCUGAACGAGCAAGAACAGGAACUGCAAAAAAUGCCCAUACCGCCGCAACAGCAACAGCAGCUGGGCCAUGGCGUGGCCAUGCUAGAGUUUGACAGCGACUGCGACAGCCUAAAUAGCAGCAAAGUGUCCUCCACAGAGGAGACAAACAUCAGCCAAACGGGCGGCCUAGGCACGCCAUCGCUCAAGCACAGCGACUCGCUGACCCUGCUGGCGGAGACGAUUAGCCAUGAGCUGACAGGCAUUACGCAGGGACUGAAUGCCAUUCCGGAGCCGGUAUCUGCAUCGGCACCGCCCACGCCCGCCACACCCAAGCGCAAGCCCAGCCUAUGCAGCACCUCCAGUCCACGACCACAGCGCAAACUGAACGGCUUUAGUCAGUUGCUCAGCGAUCUGCAGGCGCUAGGCACAGAUUUGUCGCAGAGCGAGAGCGAUUCGGAGUCGGUGGCGUCGCCAGCGCAAUCGCCAACGACUCGGCGGCCACAACAGCUGCUCCAGGCGGGCAUCAAGCAGCAGCUGGCGCAGCGCAGCAGCUUCGGGCUGCACAGUCCUGAUGGCAGUCACUUUGGCGCCGAGACAAAGGACUACAAUUUGCGCGAGUAUCUGCAACAGCUCAAAGAGAUAAGCAAUGUGCCCGCCGCGGACACUGAUGUCGCCGCUCGCCAGCUAUCCGAGAUCUACGGCUUUGAGGUGCGUGAGGAUACGUUCAUUGAGACGGAUACGGAUUUAAUUGAUUUGCGUGCCAUUCCGCCGCCCCAGACGCCCGACGAGCUGGACUCGCUAUCGCUGCUUAAUGCGGCGCCGCCGAAGGGCUUUGAGGGCAGAGCCGAGGAGCUGGAUAGUUUUCUGCAGCAGAUGCUGGUGGCGCCGCCCACCCAAAAAGCCACGCCCGCCAAAGAGCUGACGCCCGAGGAGAUUAUGUCCUUCAUAAUACCGCCGCCACCAAAUCUAGAGGCGCAGCCCGACACGGAAUGCCUGUACAGCAACUCGGUGCAAGCCAAACGCGAGUUUUUCCAGGCUGCGGCCAAUGGCAACAACAGCAACCAAAAGGAUCAGACACCGCACGUCAUUGAGUAUCCCACCGUGGAGCGCAAGAGCAAAUUUAGCUGCUGUCCCACAUCCAAGAAGGAGGAUGCAGCCCCAAUCGAGGAGCCGUUGCAGCCAUUGCAGCCACCACCGCGCACCCCCAUCACAGAGCAAAUGACUCCGCCGCCGGUACGUCCCCCCAAAAGCGCCGAGCUGCUGCAGCGCUACUCACCCAAAAAACAGGUGCGCAUCGUUGGACCCGUAAGUGUGCCAUUGCGUGAGCUGUGCCCCCCACAGCUGCCUCCACGCAGCAGUCCCACAACCAGCUCGGAGCCGGCUACGCCGCAGACGGCGAUUCCAAAUGCAAUAGCAGCCACAUCAGCGGUGAGUGCGCCCAAGAAACCCCCGCUGCCGCCCAUUGCCAGUCGCCCGCGUCCCGUAAAUGGCACGCCCAUACCCGCCAGCACAACAACUCCACCAAUACCGGCCACAGCCCGCCUACCCAAUGCGCAUUCCAACGGCCAGCCGGCGCUGCCAAAGAAGCCCCAGCAACUGCAUGGCGAGAAGCUGUUCAUCAAGAACGGCCACCUUAUCGACGGCGAGGCGCUGCUGGCCAAAACCGAUGUGGCCAUGGCCGGCCUGCUUAUCAAACUGGAUCAGGUGGCCGCCCAAUGCUCGGCCGCACAGUCUGCCGGCGGCGGCACCAGCAUCGAUGAGGAUAAAUUCCAGCGUGCACGCAACGAGCUAACGGAACAGACAUUGGCCCUAGUCACGGCCAGCAAGUUUCUGGUUGCCUCCAUGUCCGACAUGACGCUGAUAACGCUGCCCGAUCACCUGACCUCCUGCCUGACGGCCAUUCGGCGCAUCACGGAGCUGGCACAGGACAUGACACGGCACACAUCGGCGCCCCUGCAGACACGCAACAUUGUGCUCAAGGUGCACGAUGUGGCAAGCAGUUUCCGCGAGCUGGUCAGCGUACAGAUCGGACCCAUUGGCGCUGGUCAGCUGGCGCUGCAAGCGGAAUGCCUGGCCAAUGUUCUGGCCACGCUGCUGCGCAGCCUGCGCGUCUUUUCGCCCUAGAUGCAAUCAGCAGACCACGAUCCUAACCAACAGCAUGAACACGAGCACAACAUGCACACAGCAUAUCGAUCGCCCGUAUAUAUACACAACCAUCUAACUAAUUAAUAAAUAGAUAAAUAUCCCAUAAACAUACUUAUGCAAGUAUCUGCAACUAUUUUACAGGUAAACAGCCACGUCAGAGAGUCGUUGGUCUGAACUUAGGCUAGCAAUUGAUACGUAAACAGCUCUAGCGGAAACUCGAACAUAACCAAAUCUAUAUAUCGUGUUCAGAUGCUUCAGAUAUACAAAUACAUAUAUAUAUAUAUAUAAAUAUAUGCAUAUAUAUACAUAUAAAACCAAAGGCAGCCAUUUAGCAAGAAUUUAAGUUUUCAUGAUUGAAUCCUAUCAGCUACCUAGCAGGUGUCAUAUUUUAUUUUGUAAAUUAACAGCAUUUAGCUUUUGAUAAAUCUUAUUCAUUAGUUUACCAAGAGAUUUCGAAUUUUUC